AUGUUUCUGGUACUUACAUAUAUUAUUAUAAUUUUGUAUAGGUUUCAUUGUUCACCUGAUGGACGUGCGACUUGUCGCUCGGUGCCUGGAUUAACUAAGGAUCAACUUGAACUUUGCUAUAAAGCCAGUGAUGUAGCAAAUGCAGCCCUUGAGGGUCUCGGUAUGGCGAUUCGUGAAUGCCAAUUACAGUUUCUAUGGCAUCGUUGGAAUUGCUCAUCCCUUAGCACAAAAAUUCGCAACCCACAUGUGUCAAAUCUUCUUAAAAAAGGAUACAGAGAAAGUGCAUUUGCAUUUGCGAUCUCGGCAGCAGGUGUAGCCCACAAUGUUGCCCGGGCUUGUAGCCAAGGUCGAUUGGUAUCUUGCGGUUGUGAUCCUUCAAUCAAUCGCAAAACGCUGAGUAAAAAUCUUCGAAGAAGCCUUGAUAAAGAAAAAAAGCUGUUUCUUCAGUACUUAGAAACAAAUCAAAUACUCACACCCGAAGAAGAAAAAAAACACGAACGUGCGAAAAUCACCAGCCGUUGGAAAUGGGGAGGUUGUUCCCAUAAUAUGGACUUCGGCGUUGAAUUUUCUAAAUUAUUUUUGGAUUGUCGGGAAAAAGCCGGAGAUGUUCAAUCAAAAAUUAACCUACAUAAUAAUAAUGCUGGAAGGAUUGCCGUUUCUAACAACAUGGAGUUGCGAUGUAAAUGUCAUGGAAUGUCCGGCAGUUGCCAAUUGAAAACAUGCUGGAAAUCUGCGCCUAACUUUCACAUAGUAGGCAAAGUCCUAAAACAUCAGUUUCGACGAGCUAUAUUAGUUGACCAAUCGAACUUUGGAAAUGGAGAACCGAUUGUCGUACUAAAGCGUUCACGCAAUAAAAAGCUUAAUUCAGCUAAAAAAAUCGAACGAGUAGACGAACGGGAAGGCAAUGACCGGCCUAUUCGUAAAACAAAGACGAAUAAACAUGAAGAAAGGUCAGCAGGGUCGCUCGAAACAUCAUUAUUUUAUUACCAAAGAUCCCCGAAUUUUUGUGAGCGAGACUUGACCGCAGAUAUCCAAGGUACAUCGGGACGAAGGUGCAAUCUAAACAGUACUGUCAGCGACGGUUGCACAUCAUUGUGUUGUGGCCGCGGUUACAGUUUGGUAAAGGAAGAGCGGGCUGAGCGUUGUCAUUGCAAGUUUCACUGGUGCUGCAACGUAGAAUGCGAUGAAUGUCAAGUUGAAGAAUGGAUAAGUGUUUGCAAUUAACAUUUGUUCAACUUAAUGUUUUUUUGCACAAAGAAAAAUCGUUAAUUAAAUCAAUCAGAAUUUAUUGGUAAA